CAUGCUGAGUGUGUGGACUUCAUCCGUCGCUACAACCUCCCUCUCCUGCUCCUCGGAGGAGGUGGCUACACCAUCAGGAACGUGGCCCGCUGCUGGACCUACGAGACUGCCGUCGCUCUCAACUGUGACAUCGCCAAUGGUACUCUCCAUUCAGUACACGUCUAA